AGCAAGAAACCAUGAUGGCGAACGAAAUGUGCAGAGUAUGAUGGAUUUUCUUUUAAUGGCCUUUUUGUACACCGUCUCUUUCGUAACAAUAUCAUACAUAGUUAUUGCGGGAAAGUAUGAAUAUCAUCGAAAUGGCUGGAUCGGGUUAAUGCGAAGAAAUUUAUUGUCUGUAAGUUUUUGUUUUGGUGAAUCUCUUAUAGCUGCAUUCGUACAUAAGCUUUAGUCUUAAUACAGCGUCAAUUUUUAAACUUGAUUUUAUAGGCUAUGUAUUUGGCUGGAUCGGCAUUUGAAAGAUGUGUUCCUGUAUCAAUAAUUCGUGGAAUAAGCAACAUCACAAAUUACAUCUUGUUUACACGGUACGCUUGAAUAGUGAAACUUAUUGAAUGGUAUAGGCUGCUACAAAGUGAGUAGUUGUGAUGCAGCUUUUAUUUACAUUGGCCCACAAUCAAGGGAUUCAAUCUUAGGACUCUUUGACCACAUUUGCAUGGUAAGGCCAACGCAGCAUAGCUUGGCGCCAAUUUACCAGUGUAGCAUGCGUGGUUCUCAUAUACCACCAACCAUUACCUAUAAACCAUCACCACUGCCUGUGAUACUGUUCUGAAAAAUGAGAGCAUGCCUCACUGGGAACUAGCCUGCGAAUGGCAGACGUUUCUCCUUGCUCAUUGCCGCUGAGGAACGUUUCGCGAGGAGGAACGUCUGCGACUCAGUGACAGAAAUUCCAUACUGAUGACGCAAAAUCUGUCCGGAAUCCGGUCAGAAGCGCUAAUUGGUCGACGGAGUAGAUUCAUUGUUUUAGCUAUUGUUUACAAAUUACAGACAAAAGACAAAAGGCCGCAAAGGUCAAAUGUAAACGCGAUGAAUCUCUGACAAAACAGUCAAUAUUUGUGGAAUAUAGUCUUCUCUAAAAGUAGCAUUUGAGUUUUGCUCCAGCUCAUUCGCAGAUGAACACAACACUUCACCAAAAUCGACCAGGAGAAACGUAAAAUUGAACAAAUUUGCAUUUGGAACCCCAUGACUACCGGAUUUAUUUAUGUAAACAUUGAUUUACGUCAUCAGUAUGGAAUUUCUGUCGCUAAGUCGCAGACGUUCCUGCUCGCGAAAUGUCCCUCAGCGGCGAUGAGCGAGGAGAAACGUCUGUCAUUCGCAGGCUAACUGGGAACAAGAAACAUCGCAAGUCCUUCUUACCACUAGCAUACCUGUGAAGACAAGACAACUUUGCAGGUGUGUCAGUAGUAAGGACUGGGACAGCCAGUCUUGCAAGCAACUUCUGUACGUAUAUUGGAACAUCUUCUCAGGCAGCACUGCGUGGCAGCUAUAGGUAGGUUGGUGGCAUAUGAGAACUAGGGACAAGUGUUGCCUGGUGAUAUAAAACAUAGACUAUGCCACCCAGGUUUACAUCCCCUAUUCUUUGGGUUCUAUAAUAUCCCCUUCCAAUUGUGUGCAGAGGAUAAAGGAGACGAGGCCAAUGGUCUGAUGUCAAUGCCCGAUGAUGUGAUCAUCUGAACUGAGAAAAGGUCUUAAAUCACGGCCAGCAGGAUCUUAUCAGUUGAUCCUGGUUGGUGGUCCAGCUGGGGUUCAACCCGUGACUGUUCAGCAUAUUGGAACUUAUCUACCGCUAACUGAGCUAACCAGGUAGCAGUUAAGUACAUAAAUUUGAUAAUAUCUGGCUCUUAAAUAAACUUAUUUUAAGUAAUUCAGCUCUAGAGUUAGUCCUGUUUUGUACAAAAUGCGUUCAACAAUUUGAAGUAUCAUUCUUUUGUUUCCUUUUAGGAACCCCUGUGUGCAGCUGCUGUAUGGUUUUCUAGUCAUUGGGGGGUCAUCAAUUUACACCUUCAAAGUUAUUCCCUUCUUUGAUAAAAUUAAUGCCUUCAGUGUUGUUGAAUAUGUUUUUAUAGCCAUCAAUGUGACUUUUUUUUGGAUUUGUUCUACAAAAGACCCUGGUGCAAUAACAGCAGCCCACCAUGCUGAAUACAUGAAAGAUUAUGAGCCCGAUGGAGUGUAUUACAGCACAGCACAGGAAUGCUAUACCUGCAAGCUUGUCAAGCCAGCAAGGUCUAAACACUGCUGUAAGUUGAUUGCUGAUUGUAAAAAGUUUGAACCCAGGAGUCAUUUCAAAAGUAGGUUGAGUUUGAUCGUCCUGGUGAACGUAGUCCCGAAUAGGACUGUUGUUGUUGACAGUGACUGACGUUCGACAACCUGUGCGGUAGUCAUCUUCAGAGUCAAAGUGAGUUGUAUCACGUAAGGUGAUGGUAUUAUACUCACAGCCAAUAACAUCACGGCUUAACUGACAGACGACCAAUAACAUCGCGACGUAAUUGACCAACCAGAGUAUAAUACCAUCAACUGACAUGAUACAACUCACUUUGACUCUGAAGAUGACUACCGCACAGGUUGUCAAAACGUCAGUCACUGUCAACAACAACAGUCCUAUUCAGGACUACAUUCACCCAGACGAUCAAACUCAACCUAGUUUUGUGCUAAUUACCAAUUUAUUAUAUGAGAACCUGUUAGUAAUAACUAACUUGGGAAAAUGCAGGUCCUUAGUCACAGGGUUUUACUGUACUAAUAGGACAGACAGUGGAUUUCAAUUUUGGGGGGCUAGUGGAGAUAUUCCAUGUCUAUGUGUAAUGUACCAGAAAUUUGUCCUUGCAAAACCUUGCAAACCCUUCAAUGUAAAAAUGAAAUUUAUUUCAAUUAUGCAGGACCCGCAGAAUGGAUUUUUUUAAGUGGGGGCAAGGGCUAAUGCGAACGUGUAAGUGUGAGUAAAUGAGGGGGAUCCGGGGUCAUGCUCCCCCAGGAAAAAUUCAAAUUCAAGUCUUCUCAAAUGGCUACGCAAUGGUUGAGUGCCACCCGGACGUUAGUCAGAUUAUCUGAAGGUGCCAAAGUUGCCUUUCUGAUUGUCUUUAAGAGCCCUCCCCCCCCCCUUCCCAGCCCCACCCCCUGCACGGUCCCUGUUAUGAGAAUGGAAGAUUAUUUCAUGUCAAACACAUCGCAAUUACAUAUUUACUUAGAAACAGGCUAGGGGCAACUUGUGCUAGUUUGGGAAAAAUGUUUGGUGGCGGAACCGCCAGCACACAAGAGAAAUGGGCCAAGAAUAGCAGCAGCUCUUCCAUUAAAAAGUUUCCCUGAACUUGCACAGGUGGGCCUGCUUACAGCUGGCUAGAGGCAACCUGGAAGUGGCCUAUUUGUUUGGGCAAGACUUUUGUUUUCUUAAAAUUUAAUUUCUCCAAUAGUGGCAGAGGGAUAGCCAGGUGUUAGGGGAGAGGAGAUUUUAGUGGAUGAAGCAGAGAGGGGGUGGAGGUGGGGGGGGGGGCGGUGGAGAGAGAAGUUUCCCUCCCUUUGCUGACUCCCUUUUUUUGCUGCUCCCUUCGCCUCCCCCCCAAGAAUUAUCUGAUACUAAGGCUAUAGGGGAAGGAUUCUGAAAAGCUCUUUUCUACUCGGCUUCUUUAGUGGUAGUAAUGACUGUUAUAUUACUAAAUUAUGACCAGAUUUUUUUACAUUAAUCUUCUUUUUGUAAAUUACUUGAUUAUUCAGCUAUUUGUGAUGUGUGCAUCAGCCGGUUUGACCAUCAUUGUUCGUGGGUGAACAACUGCAUUGGGAAGAGGAACUACAAAUUAUUUCUGGGUUUCAUCAUAAGCACAGCGAUCCUCUGUUUGUACACAACAUUUGUUGUUACCGUGGUGUUUGCCUACAUCGUGGUAUCAGAUGGCUUAAUGACGAUGAAGUAUGUCGAUUUGGAUGGAAGACACUAUACAGCUAGCAUCAGAAUUUUGACCCAGGUAAUUUUAAUUACGAACUUAAAUUUAACAGGUGUGAAAGAUGAAUUUUUUAAAAUAAUUUCCUUAAAUGUAACUCGACAGAUGAAAUUAAAGUGGCUGUCUCUUGCCAAUUGGUCAAACGCCCUGUAGAAACAGUUUCCUCGUGACAAAACAUGAGGGGCACCCAACGAGAAUAUAGUUCAAAACCACUUAAACAUAGCACUAUUAAACGUAUUUUGGUAUUUAAACGGUAGAUAUAGGCAUAUUUUUAUCCCCUAAAAAGUUUUCAUCUGUUCGGAUUUCCUAGCUGAAAGUCUAGUGAUCCGAAAAUUAUAGGCAUGAAAACUUACCUUUUCGAAAAUCUCAGCCAGAAAAAGGGCUCCCGAAAAUUCGAGGUGACUUUAUCAGGGUAAAAAUCUGUUACAAAUGGGCAAUUAUACCAUUUUUUAGAUGUUCGAAAAUCCUAGGAGAGGCAGGCAAGCAAGAAAUUUUGCAACAAAAGUUCCAAAAAUUCUAAAUCUCAAAUCUUCUUCUGACCAGAUAUUUUCCGAAAAUUGACGUUGGAUGCCCCUGCUUAAAGCAUUCCAACGCAACCAAAAUUUAAUGAGAUGUAUCAAAACAGCCCCGCGUUUUACAUGUAUGGUUAUCGCGUUUUGUCAGGACAUUUCCAGCAGGCUGUAUAUUUUAACCCUUUCCCUGCCAAAAGCAUAAAGUAACUAAAGUCAAAUUUUGGCAAAAUUUCCAAAUUUCACUUCGUAAAAUGCUAAAAACAAAUAGCACCGUGUUAAAAAACGGCUGAAGAGGUUUCAUUUGAAUCCUCACAUCAUAGAAUUUUGUGCACAGACUGACUCCAAAGUUAGAACUACACUCUAGCCAAAUAGUACCAUGUGAAAUUAUCGCUGAAGAGGUUUCAUUUGAAUGGUCAUAUCAUAGACUUUAGUCCACAGAUUCAAAAGUUAGAACAAUCUUACAAGACUCUAUCAUUCACUCUGGCAGUGAAGGGGUUAAUACCUACCUUUGCGAAAUAACUUUUGGAAUUCCUUGGAAAAAAAUCCUAGGAAUUCCUAGGAUUUUCACGAUAAAUUCGGACUUGGAAUUCCUAGGAUUUCCCAGUUUAAAAAGUUCUGGUUCUAAAUUCCUAGAAAUUCCCAGAAAUUCCAAAUGCAAAUGAAACUAGACUUGGAAUUCCUAAGAAUUCCAACCUACAAGGUUUUAAGGCACAAAAUAUUUUUUAGAAAUUCCUAGCAAUUCCUAGCAAUUCUAGGAGUUUACGGGUUUAACAACUGAGAACAAGAGUCAAACCUUCGCGUUUCAUGAAUGACCAAUGCAAGCUACCCCAUAUUGACUCUUUCCUUGGGUGGAAGGUAACAAUGAUGCACUGUAUACUCAUCGUCCGAGAAAUAUUCGAAAAUUGUGAUUAAUGACUGGUUGAAAAAUACUGGCUGGCGUCACAGAAAUCGUUUCCCAGUUCGGGAUCGCAGACGCUUUUUUCUCGGCGGGUGAGGGGGGUGAGGUCUGCUUUCGCAGGUUACUGGCAGAGCCAAUCUAGUUGUUUUCGUACACCUGCUCGCCCUUGACGAUAUCUAAGUAGUAGGAGGUCCGUGAACAGACUUCUGAGCUAUAGUUUUCAUUCUUAGUGAGGCUUAAUUUGAGAAUGAAAAUAUUCCUACUCAGGGAGUGGUUCCUGAGUCAUGGAUCAUUUCCUUAAUUCAACACACUGAAUCUUCCUGGUUUUUUUUUGUAGUAUCUGCUGGUUCACUAUCCACUUCUUGCCAUUCUGUUUCUUACCGUCUCAUUAUUUGGAUUAGCCAUGUCUGGAUUCUCCUUAUUUCACUUCUACCUGGUGCUCACAAAUCAAACCACGAAUGAAUUCUGCAAACGAUUUUUUCCCGCAAAACACCGCAUCAGGUUAUCUCGUCAGCCAAGAGGACACGGAUCGCGGAACAAGGUGGCAAAACGGAGGACUGGUACCGAUAAACAUGACCCUGCUCAGGUCACACAGAAAAUCACUGAAACUCCUUGGCAAAUAAGUACACCUUACAACAAGGGCGUAUGGAAAAACAUCAGAGAAGUGCUUAUUCAGACGUAGUUUGUACGGGGAUAAAUUUUGUACACGAGGAAUAGUACAGCUGCUAAAGUCCGGCGCUUUGUCGUGUAACUAUACGCACUCAGUAGCCCGCCGUAAAAAAACUACGCUGUUUCAAGAGGCCAUUUCCGAGUUCCGAAAACUGUCACAUUCAAGACGAGGCUUACUGUAAAACCUUGCGGCUGAGUAAGUCGUGAAAAUAAGUUUUAUUUUCACGAGGAUAAAACACUGAACAAUGGCUUCGCAAUUAGCCUCGCUUUGAACAGAGGCUUGGGAUAGUUCGGAAAUGGUUUUUUCAGAGAUGAGAGUAGUCUGUUAGACAGUCGUUUUUAGUGUCGUCACGCUACGAUCCGUGCGUGACGACACUAAAAACAGGGGGGGCCAAAGUAUUACACCACAU